AAAGGCCAUAAACUUAGAAAGUUUAAAGCUUCAGUUAUUCAUACCUUAGUGGAGAUUAGUUUGAUGCUGUCCAUUUUUCUCCUAAAUGGAGCAGAGAUCACUGUUUUGAAAAGACGGGAGUUUUUACUAGAAAAGAAGAACAAGUAAUUAAUUUUGGAGUUUAUAACACCAACCUUGGGGGCCAGUAUUAGAGACUUAGGACAUAUGAGAUGGGAGAUCCAAGGUAACAGAAGGUAGUUAGAAGUAUGCCAUAUAUAAACCAUAUUGAAAUUUUGUCAGGAACAAGCUGGUCCUGCACCAGGAAAAUGGUAAAUCUUCUUUUUUUUUUUCCUGGGUAACUCCUUUUUCUCUCUGCUGCAAGAUGUCCAACUGGAGCUUUUAUACUCUAAGAACUGUCGACCUAGAAUUCCUUUAUGGAAUAAGUAGGAUUUUGUGGGCUGCUGCAGGAGUCAUCUUAUCACCUUAUUUUAUGGGGAAAAGUAUGUUCUCAAUUCUCAUAUACAGUCUACAAACAAAAAUUUUAAAUGUAAUCCUUUCUGGGUCACUUUAGUGUAUGAAUGAGGGGCUCAUUUCCAUUGAGGUUGCUAAAUGAUUGUUGUGUCAUUUAGGGCAUGUAAGUCUAAAACCACUGAGUAAGAGUGAUAACCAUUUAAAAUGUAGAAAAUUCUGGAGCACCUGGCUAGCUUAGUUAGUGUGACUCUUGAUCUUGGGGUCUUGAGUUUGAGUCCCAUGUUGGGUGUAGAGAUUAAAAUAAAAUCUAAAAAAAAAAAUUAAAAUUUAGAAAAUCCUGAAGGGUAUGAAUUUGAUCAUAAAAAUCGAGUGUGGACAUUUAUCGAGUGCUUAUUGACUAUAAGUUAGAAACUAUUCUUUUUUAAGUUUAUAUAUUUUGAGAGAAAAUGAGAGCAGGAGAGGGGCAGAGAGAGAGAGAGGGAGAGAGAGAAUCCCAGGCAGGCUCCGCAACAGUUAGCACAGAGCCCACCGUGAGGCUCUGAGCCGCCCACGUGUCCCUCUUUGAAACUAUUCUUCGUGCUUUGUGUGUGUUAACUCAUUUAAUCCUCACAGCAAUCCUUUGGGUUUGGUACUAUUUUUAUCCUCAUCUUACAGAUGAGGAAACUGAGGCAUAAAGAGGUUAAUUUACUUGUGUAAGGUCACAGAGCUGAAAGUGGGAGAGUUUGGAAUCUAAUCCAAGCAGACUUGCUCAAGAACCUGUGUUCUUAAUCACUAAGUCUUAUCUUUUCCACUUUGCUGAAAUUGAACUAAGAGUAGAAACUUUGAUUUUGCUGGUAUAUGAAAACUAAAGUAACACCAGCUACUUUUGCUUGGAAAUAAAUUAUUAUUUCAUUUGUAAGUUAAAAUUUAAUUUUAUGUCAGGGAGUCUGGGUGGCUCAGUCGGUUAAGCAUCUGACUCUUAAUUUCGGCUCAGGUCAUGAUCUCAUGGUUUGCUGUGCUGGCAUAUGGAGCCUGCUUGAGAUUCUCUCUCCCCCAGUGCCCCCUCCGCCCCCCGACUCUCUUGUGCUUGCUCUCUCUCAAAAUAAAUAAAUAAACUUAAAAAAAUUAAUUUCAUGUCAUAUGGUUAUAGAAUGUAAAGUCAAUUUAUAUUAGAUUAUUUUAUUUUUUUUUAGGUUUCCACUACAAAUCUGCCCCUGUGAGUACAUGAAUACUCAUAUGUACUCUUACUCCUGUAUCUUGAACUUACUUGCUCUUUUCCCAAGGGAGACAACCCAGAGUUUCAUCCAGUUACUAUAAUUAGCUCAAGAUCCAAGCUCUAUAGCUGCAGUCUCUUUCAUUAGAUCCUGGUGUGGCUUCUUGUGGUUCAAAGAUCUAUAAACCAAAGAUGAGUUGUCUGUAUUCUACCUAAUACAUAGUUGUGGAGAAGGAGUAAGGAUAACAGCAGUAAAAACUUACUCAGAGGAUAACAGGUAACACUCAACAGUCAUUAAUGCAUUAUAAAAUCUUACUGGGUAAGAAUGACAGUGACUCCCUGACAGUGUAAUAAAUUUGUUGAUUUUGCUCUUUGAUAGGGCCUCCAUUGUCCCCUGUGCCCUAUGAAAGAUCCUACCUUGUCCAUUAUCUUCCAUGGCCACAUCUGAGAUGGAUAUUAUUGAAGAUGCCCUUUCUGGAUGACAUCUGAACUGGAGAGCAGCCUAACAUCUAUGGACUGGUUACCACAGCUCACCAUGAGAGCAGCCAUCCAAAAAUCUGAUGCUACACAAAAUGCACAUGGAACAGGAAUUUCCAAGAAGAAUGCCCUCCUUGACCCAAAUACAACACUGGACCAGGAAGAAGUCCAACAGCACAAAGAUGGGAAACCUCCAUACAGUUAUGCCAGCCUCAUUACAUUUGCAAUUAAUAGUUCACCCAAAAAGAAAAUGACUCUAAGUGAGAUUUACCAGUGGAUUUGUGAUAACUUCCCAUAUUAUAGAGAGGCUGGCAGUGGUUGGAAGAACUCCAUACGACAUAAUCUGUCACUGAACAAGUGUUUCCUUAAAGUGCCUCGAUCAAAGGAUGACCCCGGAAAGGGAUCCUACUGGGCAAUAGACACCAAUCCGAAGGAAGAUGCACUGCCUACUCGGCCAAAGAAGAGAGCACGAUCUGUAGAACGGGCCUCAACUCCAUAUAGCAUAGAUUCAGAUUCUUUGGGAAUGGAGUGUAUUAUUUCGGGAAGUGCCUCUCCAACUCUGGCAAUCAACACUGUGACUAACAAAGUAACAUUGUACAACACUGAUCAGGAUGGUAGUGAUAGCCCACGCAGUAGCCUUAACAACAGUCUCUCAGAUCAGAGUUUGGCAUCUGUUAAUUUGAACAGUGUUGGAAGUGUGCAUAAUUAUACACCGGUGACAAACCAUCCAGAACCGGUCUCUCAGUCAUUAACUCCUCAACAGCAGCCACAGUACAACCUUCCCGAACGAGACAAACAACUACUUUUCUCAGAGUAUAAUUUUGAAGAUCUCAGUGCCUCAUUUCGGAGCCUUUAUAAGUCAGUUUUUGAGCAGUCACUUAGUCAACAAGGUUUGAUGACCAUCCCUUCCGAAUCUUCCCAGCAGUCCCACACCUCGUGUCCAUAUCAGCACUCUCCUAGCAACACAGUGAGCUCUCAUCCCCACAGCAACCAGAGCAACCUGUCCAACAAUCAUGGCAGUGGCCUCAGCACCACGGGCAGUAAUUCAGUCGCACAGGUCUCACUGCCUCACUCCCAGAUGCAUACACAGCCGUCUCCACACCCAUCCCAUCGACCACAUGGUUUACCACAGCAUCCACAGCGUCCCCAGCACCCGGCAUCGCACCCGCAGCAACAUAGCCAGCUCCAACCCCCUCACCCCCAGCACCCCUCUCCACAUCAACACGUACAGCACCAUCCGAACCAUCAACAUCAGCCGUUAACACAUCAGGCGCCGCCACCCCCACAACAGGUAUCCUGUAAUUCUGGUGUUUCGAAUGAUUGGUAUGCAACACUUGAUAUGCUAAAAGAAAGUUGUCGAAUUGCCAGCAGUGUUAAUUGGUCAGAUGUAGACCUUUCACAGUUCCAAGGUUUGAUGGAGAGUAUGAGACAGGCAGAUCUCAAGAACUGGUCUUUGGAUCAGGUUCAGUUUGCUGAUCUCUGUUCUUCUCUUAACCAAUUCUUUACACAAACUGGCCUUAUCCACUCACAGAGUAAUGUUCAGCAAAAUGUCUGUCAUGGUGCCAUGCAUCCAGCAAAACCUUCCCAACACAUUGGAACAGGAAAUUUGUACAUAGACUCCAGGCAAAAUCUCCCUCCUUCAGUGAUGCCGCCCCCUGGUUACCCUCACAUCCCACAGGCACUUAGCACUCCAGGAACGACUAUUGCAGGCCAUCACGGAGCCAUGAACCAGCAGCACAUGAUGCCUUCCCAAGCCUUCCAGAUGCGGCGCUCUCUGCCUCCAGAUGACAUCCAGGAUGACUUUGAUUGGGAUUCAAUUGUGUAGAGCUUGUUUCUGCAAAGGCACCAGACCCCAGCGUCACCUUUCUGUGCAGUGAAGGGAAAGGUUUCAGAGAAUCCAGUCGAGAAAACAAAGUUGCUAAUCACUUUACCGAUGUUAUCAAAAUUUCUUUUGAAGACAAUCAAAAAGAUUUUAGCUGGAUAAAUUACUGCUUUUAUCUGACCCAAACAAGUACUACAUGUUUGUCUCCCUGCCAGCUGCCCUAUGUAGCUCCUAACUGUUGUGUGAUUUGAACGGCUUUUGCAUAUUUGUGUCAGUUCGAUGUUGACCACAAGUGCCAGACUGAUUUUUCAGACAGAGCCUAUUUUGCUGCAAGCAGUUUAUAGAUACAUAUGUGUAAAUAUAUGUACAAAAAUUACUGAAAGGCUUCAGUUUUUCUAAUUGGAUUAUUACGUCUUGGAAAGAAAGUUAACUGUGAGUUUUUAUUCCUCGUUAGGCUAUUUUCUGCAGGAUGCUUUUAACUGAUGUAGGCAACUGAAAGGAAAUGGAUUUUUUCAAAGCCCAGUUCCCCUCAUUUAAUCUGCUUUUCAGAAACAUGGGCAUUGAGUUCUACUCAGUAAGGACCCAGAGUUUGAUGCUUUCCAAACAGUCCACAGGGGCAUGUUGUUCCUGAGCAGCAUAAAGAACUGACCAAAUUUGUUCUGAUGCUUGGGGGGAUUAUAGAGUUUAUGUUGUACCUUUUCCAUGUCUGUUUCCCUAAAUCUGCAUUAUAACAGUUCUAAAAUUUCUUUGAUCGAUUAGCAGCUGGGCAUAUUGCUCAGCUCUUUAACAAAAUCAUUGCCUCCAUAUUCACUCUUGUAUUUAUUAUUCAGAAGUGUUAUUUUAAUAUUUAUUGCUACCUUCUGUGAAUGCUCAGCUCCUAUUGGGUUCAGUAAGGAGAAGUGCGGUGUCUGAAAGCACAGAAUUGUUUUUCUUAAGAGUUUACAGACAAGACAAUCAGAAAGAUUGUGUCAUUCUCUUUGUCGGCACAUGUCUCUGUCUUAGCAUUCCUGCUGAUUGAGACUUACUAGCUAAAUAGAAUUUUUCUGGAAUUUGAAUCAGAGUUCAUUUGGGCAGUAGAACAGCAGGGCACUGUUUAUAAAGCAGGUUUCCUCACUCAUUCUCUUUCCACUUAGGAAGCACUGAAAGGAGGGUAGAGCCACACAUAGAUUUUAUUUGCCUCAGUCUUCAGUGCAGAUGUCAUUAAGUGGUUUGCUGUUUCUGUUGUCCUUUGUGUCUGUGUAUGCAUGACAUUUGGUUACUUUCCUUGAAAUGCAGCCUGCCUCUUUGAGGUUUUUAUUAGUUGUUUUUUUUGUUUUGUUUUGUUUCAUAUCAUAUCAUAGUUACUUUGCAUGGAUUGAUUGUCUUAGUUUUAUAAUAAAAGUAACAGAAAUUAGAUUUUUUUUUUAAUGAAUAGAUUUUUAAUUGGUUCUUUAGACCAUAAAAAGGUGGAAUUUCUUUCAGUUAUGAUGGGGGAAUGAUCUGUUCCAUCAAAUCAAGGGGUAAUCACUGCUCACUGGUUGCUUUUCAGCAUCUCUAGUCUCUACAGUCAUGCUUACUAAAUCACUCCAGUUAGCCUUAGUGAUUUUGUGGUUGAGUGUCCUCUGCUGGAACUAGACAGACAUCUUUGUUUCUGUAUGUGUGUAUGUGAGAGUGUUUGUCACUGUGUGUGGCUAUUUUGUUUUAGUGGAGUGUUGCCUUUAAUGAAUCACUGGGAGGCCAGCCACGGUAAAAGGCUGAUGAGGUUGGGGAGAAAGGAAGGGCUUUUAUGUUCCUGUUGUUUGGACCUUGCUUGGCAUGAAAAAUGAAGCUCGGUUCCAGCCCCUUGGCUCGGUGAAAAUCGGAGGAUUCUGGCAAGGCAGCCAACAGGCCCCUCUUAUGUGGAUCGGAGGCAAGAUGAGAUAGCAGCCUGCAGAGCAAACACUUGGAAAAAUGGGGGUGAUUUUCAAUAGUCUGCUCAAGUCACUGUUUUCUAGAUACCACAAAAGCUGUUUUGAAACUUUAAAUUGCUUGGGUAGCAAUGUGCACUUUAAACAAUUUGGGUAUUGGAAUGCAGUCUUACAUUGAAUGAUUUGAGUAGAAACCACUGAUGAAGAUUUUACAAAUUGUGUGAAGCUGAUUUCCCAUUUGGCAAUCAUUUACUGAUUUGCAGUGAUCAAUAUUUUUAUGAGAAUUUAAACCUAACCACACAUGUCCCUGGAGGCAGAGCCUCCACUUGGACCCAUCCCACCCUUGUGACUCAGGUGGCCCGGGAGCCCAGGACAGGCCUUCGUGGGGGGCGCCAGACAGCCGGAGUUACCUGGUGAGGUGCAGCGCAUCCCCUCUGGCGGCUGUUUCUGUUGCUAGUUGUCAGUGCAGAACAAGCUCUGUCUUGGGUUUAAAUUGACCGAAGACUCUUGGGGAAAAGAAUAAUAAAUGCAUAUGAUCAGAUGGGGGCACUCUGUCCAGGAGAAUAAUCCGACUGGCAUUUGUGGCAGUUUUUGAAAUGUAAACGUAUUCAUGUGUGUUCUUGUAAAUACAUGUCUCUCAGAUGUCCUUUGAAGUGGGAGGGAAUCAAUCCGGGGAUUAUUUCAAAUGGAAUAGAGUAUUUUGAUAUUGUUCAUUCAGAGGGUGAUGUGUACAUAUCUAUAUUGUAUAUAUGUGAUGAAAAUGCAUUGGCUUUUUGUGCAAACACAAUCUGCUCUCUGUACUGCUGUUGGACAGUCAGUGUUUUAAUGUUUCUACAGUUUUGCUAUUGCACGAUUUCAUAUUUUGCCUCUAUGAUGAACGGCGCCCAUUCUUUGUAACUGUUUAGUGCUGUAAAGAAAUAUCCCAAGUGUCAUUAGGAUUGUUGCUGCCAGACUGAUAUGCAUGAAUGGCACUUAAAAUAAAUAUAUUAUGUUAACUCUA